CAUAGAACUGGCUCAUCUGACGUCAGUAGACGGCUUUAGGAAGAUCGAGCUCACCACUGGUUCUGGAUCAGCCAAGGAAAAACUAUCCUCAGAACCGGAACGUCUCCGCGAAGCACCAUAAAGGCGACUCAGGUCAGUUAAAGGCACGCGGUUGUGCGCACGUACGAAUGUGUGGAGGGAGUCCGCGUGUUGCAUUGACAGUCUAGUCUUAUGCAAGCCACCUUGCUCAGAGGCACGAUGUCCGACUCUGCUACUUCAGCAGAAAGCAACGGAUACUCUGGACUACAUGGGUCCUGGGUGGAGCUGGAGAUGAAGGCCCAGGCUACAUCCGCAGGCACCCCUGCCCCGGGCCUCCUGCCCCUGCUGCCCCCCUUGCCUCCCCUGCCCCAGCCGGAGGAGGAGGAGGCCAUGGUGGGGGGUCUGGAACACGUGCCCUCCUCGUCCUCCAUCCAUAACGGAGACAUGGAGAAGAUCCUGCUGGACGCUCAGCACGAGUCCAGCCGCAGUAACUCGUCCUGCGACAGCCCCCCACGUCCCCACAGCCCUCAGGACGAAGGACAGAUCAUCUUCGAUGUGGACGUGACCAACAGGAGAGACAGCCAGUCAGAAGAGGGAAGUCUGGAUAAAGAGCAGGACAUGGACAUCCUGAUGAAGGACUCAGAUAUCCUGAUGAAGGACUCUGACUGGGUAGCAGACUGGUCCAGUCGACCUGAGAACCACCCUCCCAAGGAGUUCCACUUCCGUCACCCACGGCGCUCCGACACCCUGAGCAUGAGGAAGUCCGGGGUCAUGAAGAAGGGAGGAAUCUUCUCAGCCGAGUUCCUCAAAGUCUUCAUCCCCUCGCUGCUCCUGUCUCACAUCCUGGCCAUCGGACUUGGGGUCUAUAUUGGGAAGAGGUUGAUCACAGCUCCUACGAGGUCUUUCUGAAGCUAUACCCCCAGAAGAGAAGCCUAAGCUGUGGCCGCCAAUUCGUCGGGAAGAAGAAAAAAUAUAUUUUGCGGUGGUCAGAAGAAUGCUUUUUUUUCCCUCCUCUUAACUUCCCUUCUCUCACUUUUUCUCUCGCUUCUUUUUCUUCUUCGUCCGAGACGGGUCGUGUUCUUCAAAAAAACACGUUGCUUUUCUUUUUCUUUGUUUUUCCCCGACCACUCCCCCCCCCCCCCUCCCCUUACCUCUCAACCCUCCCCAGGUACCAGGCUUUCUCCCUCUCCUAUAGAAGGAAAGAUUAAGGUCGGGACCCCUCGAUCUUCCAGAUUGAGUCCACUGGUUCAAAACAGGCAGGCUUUUUGGGGGGAGGAGGACACCAAGAAUCCAAACUCACCACACCACCCCUGUUAUAUAAGAAUGGUCUGUCCCACUUGUAUAAGAGACCCUUGACCCCGGAUUGUACCACCUUCUGUCCAGGUGGUUGGGUGUUUCUCCCUUUAGCUCAAACUCCUGAAAGGGAUUGACCCAAAAAAUCUGAGGGUAACUGACCUAAAAAUGUGAGUAUACCUUUGAAAGUUCUUUUGUUUACUACGAAUACAAUUAUUCUAGAAAACGAUUCUGAGAUUAUUUUUACCACCGGUUGUUGCUCGGUGGAAAGAUUUAGAGUAUGGAAAGAUGAUGAAGUAUGUGAACUCACACCCACCCAACCGUGAUGUGAGUCUUGAAGACAGAUAUGCAUGCCAAUGUGUGUGCCAUCGUGUAUUACAAAUGGAUCCCGGACCAUUAUCACACCCUGCAUUUUAUUUACGUCAUUUUAUUUGUGGUCACAACGGGGUUUGAAAAAGGUUUUAAUGAUAAUGAUAGGCAUGUAAAACAUGCUAAUAGUAAUAUUUCUGAAUCGACAGAUUAUUUCUUUUCAUUGAGAGUUAGGUAGCAACACUGAGAUGUUGGCAGACACAGAGACGGAUGUCCGUCCUCACCCGUGACGUUCCUUUCAGCCACCUGAGGUGUUGGCAACAUAACGUAGCCGGUCCGGUCCUGGUUUCACCUGGUUACAUUUACAUUUAGUCAUUUAGCAGACGCUCUUAUCCAGAGCGACUUACAGUAAGUACAGGGACAUUCCCCCCGAGGCAAGUAGGGUGAAGUGCCUUGCCCAAGGACACAAUGUCAUUUGGCACGGCGGGGAAUCGAUCCGGCAACCUUCUGAUUACUAGCCCAACUCCCUCACCUCUCAGCCAUCUGACUCCCGCACUACCUGGUUAACCUCUUCAAGGCGGUUAGCUUUCAUCUGACACACGCUUUCACAGUUAGCGGAAGGGACAAACAUACUAAGUGUUCAGUUCUGUUUCCUUGACUGUCAAGAUGCUUUUGAACAAGCGGGUGGUUUGUAGGCACAGAGUAGGUUUAAGGGCGGUUAACAGGGGACUUGUUCCCUUCCAAUGGUGGCAGAGUUUUGGGAGGAGUGUUAGCACAUUGUCUUUUCCCUGCUCCAACAAAACUGAUUCAAAUGAACGGGUCGUUAGCAAGCUGGUGACGACCAUUCAUUUGAAUCAGAUAUGACGGAACAGGGAAACAUCUCAAACACGCAGGACAGUCUGGUCCUGCAUGGGUACGGCUGACAGUCUACGGCUGACAUCCCAUAAUACACACAAACUGCCAACAGGGAACGGGGUCCGUACGAGACCUCGACUCUUCUCAGUAACCAUGUGCCUCAGCGUGCGCUCUCCGACAUCACCGUAGGGCCUGCAUUCUCUAGAGCAGGAUGCGUCGGGUCACAGGAAGCGCUGUCCUCCUCUUCCUCACAGAGAGGAAGGCAUCAAGAGAUCGAGGUUAAAACGUCAGCGAUGGAAAGACACGAUCUGUGAUCACACUAUUGCCCGAGCAGAGAAGCCGAUCUCCCAAGGGAAUUCAUCCCAAUACGUUUCAAAAGAUACAUAGCAAUAGUUUUACUUCUGAAGUACAGUGUUAUAGGCGUUUUAUCCUGGAGGGUCAAUUUUGCUGCAGUCAAUCCCGGCUCACGGUGUCCUUCUCUCUGUCAUCGGUAAUACGGAGAUACAUUUGUGUUUUAGUGCCACAGAGUCGAUCGAUGCUCCCAUUUGUAUUUGCAACCUUUGACUGCGAGGUUUUGAUAGUUUGAGUCGGUUUGUUUUGCGUGUGUUUUUGUGCCGUUAGAGACAGAUCUGAACACACCGUAGGGACGUGCUGCAUGGAUACUGAGAUACGCCUACUUAGGGACAUUGAUGCAGAUCACGAUUUCAAACCGGCUGAAAUGAAAGUGUAGGAAAAACACUGCCUGCAUGGGGCAGGGCCCGACACAGAGACAAAGAAAGUGUUCUGAACAUAAUUUAUCUAAUUGCUAUGGUUGUUGUAAUGAUGCACAUAUGUAUUUGCUUUGAUUUCCCCCCUCCUCCUUCCUCUUUCAUUCACAAAAGAAAAUGAAUAAAUAAAUAUUUGUCAUAUUAAAAUGUCCUGAUCCAAGCUGAA